AUGUGUUCCCGACCCAUACUCAAACACUUUCCUCAGCUCGAACCCACCCACCCCAUCCCUGCCACUAGUCCCCUCGCCGCAUCAUAUACCCCCUCUCCCUCUGCUCUCCCAACAAGAACAUCUUCAUCUUCAUCCUUAUCCGCUGCUAUACCACCGUCACCGACGCUCGGUGUCUUCCCCUUUGCCUCCUGCUCAUCCACUAAUCUUCUUUACUCCCCUCAUGUCCAUUUCCCACCUACGCCUCGCUUGAUCUCAUCCACUCAUCUUGCUCAUUCACCCACGACAUACGAUAGAGCGCCCAUUGUUGUGCAGCCGAAUAGCUGUUCACUCCCAGAACGCGGAGGGAGGAUGUGCUACACACCGCAUUCCACGCGGCGCCGAUCAUCCGCACCGAAGGGUAGCUACUUUCACCCAACGGCAUACGAAGCCUGUGAGCGCGAGGAUGAGAACCAUGACGACGACGAUGACCCCAGUGCUGUGAUAUCGGCCUUAGAAACCCCGGAGUUGACAUCCGAUUCCUCGACCCCUUCCUCCGACUCGGAUUAUUCAGAUGGAUGGUCAUCUCCGCCGGAGGAAUUACAGUCACCCUUGGUCGCAAUCGCAUCUGCUUCGUCGAGCUCGUUAUCUUAUCUUUCUGGGCCUGCCAUGUCCCUCAUCCACGCUCAAUCGUCUCUGGGUGAAUAUCCAACGGACAUGCGUGUGAAGUUAACUCCUCCCGCACCGCGUUCUGCAAUGAAGCUGGAAGGCGGAAGACAAGCGGAUAAGAAGCCGAGGAAGAGAGCGAAAGUGGCAGGCUCUUUGCGGAUUGGGGUGACUUUUUCGGAUGACUCGUCACUGGAUGGCUGUCUUGGAGGAUUCUAG